GAUUAAUUGAAUUACUACACUAUCUACGGAGCCUACGUACUAUUUAUGUUAUUCGGACGGCCUGUGAUAAAAUGGGAAAAGCUGCCAUGCCACCGUAUCCCGCUUGACGCUUUUCCCGAGUGUUGGAGAGUAGGCCGUGGGCGUGGGAUACGGUGGUAUUUGGCCCUAUAAUCCACUACGGCAUCCCAGGAUCUCCGACCGGUGCUGGAAACCACCACAGUCUCAACUGGGGUUUCAGCUCUGAAGCCACCAGAAUAGGGGGCUUUUGGGGGGUCGAAGCAGAACCUCCGAAAGGCCUACAAAUAGCCACGUAGGCCCAUUAGAUAGUGUAGUUAAUCAAUCGAUCUUAUUUUGCUAUAGUAAGCUAUAUACUGUGUGAGAAUUCCUGCCCCGUUGCACCCGUGAGAAGUCCCGACCACUGGAGAAACCACAUGAUUUGUGUGUGAUCCCGUACCACGGUACUUCCUGUUCCAACACCGAGACAUCCGAAAUACAGCCACGUGACGUGUAUAAAGAAACUCCGAGACUCAUAACAGACACAUACUUACUCAAGAGGGUAAUCAGAGGCCAAGACUCGAUUUUCAAGCUCCCGUAAUUCUCUUACAUUCUGCCGUAUACUGGUAUACGAGCAAGCAUACUGCAAGACGGGUUGGACCGGCUCAACUUGACUGAACUCUCACUUGUGCGGCGUGCAUUUUCUUGCAUUUAUGCACUGAAUAUCAUCGGCGAGAACUAUCCCCAUCACGUGAGAUCGACGAUCAGUCAUCAGAGACACAAGACUAUGGAGUGGAGUAGUAAGCGUGGGAAGGCCGCAUUGAUUAAUCAGGCUGCCACCAGUAUACGCGGGGUGCGAGACGACGACAAUUUUAUGCCACUACUACUUGAGUAUUACAAGACGCGGCGGCCCACUUUGAAAAGGGCAGAUACCACGGAUCUCGCCACCGAUACACAAUCACCUCCUUGCUUACCAGUUUCACCGAGCAGUUCCGGCCGUUAUAUGACCCUUAGGACAGCGUACAUAUGUCAACGACCAUGGAGGGCAGUGGGAGUAGUGUUGGAGGCGGUGGCGGGACCGGGACAGGCCAGCGAACAUCAUGUGAUUCAUGUAAACGCUCCAAGCUCAAGUGCAUCAAACUGCAUCCGGUGCACAGCCCGUAGUACUGAAUGUCAGGUCACUCUAGUCAGCAGGAAGAAGCGGGAAAAAAAGAUUCACUAUCUCUCCGCAAUCGAGGACCGCAUGAAGCGCAUGGAGUCCGCCAUGAACGCGUCCGGGAUCGCCGUCGAUGAUGGGGACCCCGAGGCCGCCAUCCCCGCCGUCUCGGCACAGUCGGCUCUUGAGGACAAGCUCUCAAUCUUCAUGAUCAGCGAUGACGGUGCUGCCGGCUUCGUGGGCCCCUCAUCAGGCUUCUCGCUCUUCUCACCGCAGGGCCUGCGCUGGAUCUCUGAGAAGACAGGAGACGACAACUUUGAGCAGGUCAUCAAGGCAGUCUCUAGCUCAUGUGAGCACCGGGCGACUAGCGGGCAGGAAACAUUCCGACCACUCUCGGAGAGCGAGAGGGAGCCACUACCGCCCAAAGAUAUAGCGAAUGAGUAUAUGGCCGCAUACUUUGACAAUUUCAACAACAGCUUUCCGCUGUAUGACAAGGAAAGCGUGAUGGAGAGGUUCGGAAGGGAUUACUAUAUGGUGAACCGUGAGAAGGAUCCGGCGUGGUACGCUUCGCUGAAUGUUAUAUUCUUGAUCGGACGGUCUAUCACUAUGCAUGAGAGGGAACCGAAUGGACUUUGCGAGAGAUACUUCAGGAAUGCAGCUAGUGUUUUCUCAGAGCUGUUGUUUAGUGGACCUAGCUUGCUAGCCGUGCAGGCUAUGAUUGGAAUGGCCUUUAUCCUGCAAGCGUCAGAAGACCCUCAUCCAUCAUAUAUCCUUGUGGGCAUGGCAGCACGACUUGCCCAAGCAAUCGGUCUCCAUCGGCGAUUAGAUGGGUAUGGACUGAAAGCGCGGGAUAUCGAGCAGCGCCGCAACGUCUUCUGGAUCGUCUUCGGCCUCGAAAAGGGCAUCAGCAUCCGCUCUGGCCGUCCAUCCGUAACUUUCCGCAGCAUGUGCAACUACUACCCCCUGACCGCCUCGCUCACCCUCUUCGCCAACGUUCUCCAAAACCCCUUAGCCCCAAGCGCCACCAGCGACCUCGCCCUCAUGAACCGCGUCACCCGCAUCCUCGUCGACGGUCUCUCCUCCUCCUGCAACGCCAAGGCCGCCAUCCACGCUGACAUCUUCAAAGAAUUAUCCGCACGGCCGCGCAGUUCGUCGCCCGCGCCCGCGGCGAACCACGAGACACCUACCUCGACCCCUCCACCCUCCCCGCCCCUCCACCCUCCCCGCCCCGCCAAUCGACUGCUACUACCCCCCCUCUGUCGCCUCCUCCGGCGUCUCCCCCUCCGCCUCCGCCACAGACGCCUCCGUCUCCGACGCCCUCCCCCGCCUCGAACCCUCCGUCUCCCACCACUCUCCACCCCGUCCCCCGCCACAUCCACAUCCCAAUCCACCACGCACCUCCCGUUCCCCCAGCGCACGCCCUCACAGCAACAACUGCAGUCACAGUUGGAGUACUACGGCCCCAAACAAGGCCUCCCCGGUACUCCCGGCGCAGGAAUCAUCCCGCCCGCCUACGACCCCGAUUUCUCCUCCACCAUCCCCUCUGUCGACCUCUCAGCGUUCGAUAUUAAUAACUACGCGUGGCUGGACACGAGUGCUUUUCCUGGCGCUCAGGGCGUGGAGGCAGCGGGCGGGGCGGGGGGGGUUGGAUAUCGAGACGUUUGCGGCGGGUGGGACGGAUGGGGGUGGUGA